CGUUGCCCCAUGUGUUAGUCACGAGGUGCCCUAGUUUGUGUGUUUUUACCUGCGCUCUUGAUCGACGGAAAGCAUAUAAUCGUGCCAACAAGCGUACUGAAGCUGUCAUUGAAGUGACUCUGGUCGCCGCCGAUUCACCUGUCACCGAUAACGACUGAAAGAUAAAAAAAGAAAGAAAGCUCACGAAAUGGCGACUGUCUGUGUUCUGGGCGGUGGAAUCAGUGGCCUCGCCACGGCGUACUACCUUUCCACUCUUGGGAAGGAAGCCGUGAAAAAAGUCUUGCUGAUAGAAAGGAGCGGGCGGCUUGGUGGUUGGAUUCGAUCUACUGCACUACCUGACGGGACAGUUUACGAACACGGGCCCAGUUCUAUGCGUGCUGGCGGCAACUCUGGACGAAAUGCUUUACAGCUGGCCCAGGAUCUAGGAUUGGCUGACCAUGUUCUGGCAGUGCCUAUAUCUUCAACUGCAGGGCGGGAGCAGAUGGUGCUGAACAAAGGACGCCUGACUCCACUGCCCAGUUCUUUCAAGGAGAUUCUGUGGCCUGGUCCGAUGUUCCGGACGCCCCUGCUUCUGCCUCUAUUCAAGGACUUUUUUGUCGCUGGCCGUCCUAGUAUAGGCAGUGAUGAAAGUAUUCACGACUUCAUGCGGAAGCGCUUUAACAAAGAAGUUGCCGACUACAUUAUGGAUCCCGUGACGCGCAGCAUGUGUGGAGGCUGCUCAAAGGAAAUCAGCUUCCGGUCACUCCUGCCCAACGCUUUUGAGGGUGCCAUGUUGCAUGGCUCAUUGUUAAAGGCUCAGAUGCAGCAGGUCAAUCAAGCCAAGCAUACCAUCAACAUGCUCAGAAGUGAGGAGGGUGGUGCAGACAGCUUGGCCGCCCACUCCCUAGAUUGGUCCGUGUGGAGCCUGCGCCGUGGCCUGCAGCAGCUGUGCGACACCCUUGCGGAAAAGCUGGACGCAGCUCCGAACGUACACGUGUACGUCAAUGAGGCCAAUGUGUCGCUGAAGCCGAGUUCAGAUGGAAAGAUUCUGGUAUCGUUUGCAGAAUUGGCAAAGCCUGUAGACUACAUCUUCAGCUGCAUUCCUGCACGAAAGCUGUCUCAAUUGCUGAUUCAUGAUUGGCCGGAGCUCGCUCAAUCUCUGCUGUCUAUACCAUCUGUCCACUUGGCAUCUGUCAACUUGGAGUUCAAGGGUCAAGUACUUCCCUACAAGUGCUCAGGGGUCAUGGUCCCUUCCUUUGAGGUCCCACACUUGCUCAACAUCAACUUUGACUCCUGUUGUUUUCCUGAGCAUGAUGGACAGUACGACACAAAGACACGCAUCACUAUCGUAAUGGGUGGCCGCUGGUUUAAGCAAGCUUUUGGCGAUGUGGAUAGUGUCGAGCCUGAUGCCAUAUUGGAAGCUGCUAAGGAUGCUGCUAGGACAUACCUUCACAUUGAUGACCCGCCUGUCAAACACCACGUGAACCUGCUCAAGGAAUGUGUCCCGCAGUACCUUGUCGGCCACCUUGAGCGCAUGUCGAAUAUUUGCGAGUAUAUCAGCAGCCACAACAUGCCUAUGACCCUGCUCGGAGCAUCAUAUCGAGGCCCAUCUGCCAACGAGUGCAUCUACCACGCAAAGCAAGCUGUUGAGGGGUAUCUAGAAGCACUAAACGCAUAGUUGACCUUUGUGACAAGUUGUAGUAAUGUCGACUGUAACAAACGCAGCAACGCGAUUUAUCCACUGCAUUUUUUGGCAGGGAGCAAAAAUGUCAGUGUCAUCUUAGGUGCACUUGAUGGGGUGUUAAACAAAAGCUGUACAGUGAAGAACACGUCUAUUUUUAACCUGGUAGAAGCUGCUAGUUUAUUGAAGUUGUAGAGAAACCGAGGAUGCUUCUUCCAGAUCUUCCCUCGUGCACCUAUGUGCUUCAUAUGUGCACCAAAACGUGCCGCGACGUAGUUUAAUUGAACUGUCUAAUUGCAGAGUCCACGGAAUAACUCGAUUGUGAAUGAUCACUUUGAUGACAAGGUGAUUAUUUUAUGUCUCUCUCGCUGCACAACAUUUCAACUCUGCAACUGUAACUAAAGCAACGUACUGAAUCAAUUACCCAUGCAUCAGAGCAUUCAAGCAUUUCAUUCCUUGCAGAGAUUGAGGAACGUCCGAUUCAGAUUAGAGUGGCAAGCAACAUGCUUUGAUGUUUGGAGUCUACGGGAAAAUAACAUAUCUAAAUUUUUUUCCUGUAAGUGUAUUGUUGAUGUUUAACAGUUUACACUGAUAAUAGUAGAGUCAAAUGUCAUUAUAAAUGCCGUGUAUGUAACUAAGUAAAUCUGAAACAUUUCUAACCAAUAUCUGCAUAGAAUUAUAUGUCUAUAGUGAAUAUUUGCCAUAUAGCAAAGCUAGUUUUUUUGUGAAAUGUAUUAUGUUUUAAUGAGGUUUGAUAUACUGUGAUGCUUUGAAUGUAGAUGUGAUGACCUAUUCAUCUCAGCUAUUGCUAGUACAAAGAUAUUUCCAAUCCCCCUUCAAACCUAUAGCUGCUAGAGGGGCAAUCGUAUAUAGCAAAGCUUAUUAUGCUCGACUGUAUUUUUUGUGUGAAUAUUGAAUGUUUAUGAUGCAGGGUAACACUUUUGUGGUUUUGUAAAUGGAGUCCCUGUUUGAAAGAUUGCUUAGUAAAGCUGGAAAUCUGCUUGCCAUGAAAUAUCAGAAAAGCUUAGGAAACGGCUGCUUGAGUGCCAACUUUGCUUACGAAUGCCAGAAGUCUGCUUGUUGGUUUGGUAAUAUAGCAUGUUUAUUAUUGCACUGAAUGCAUGCAUUUGUUGUUGGGCAAACAGCAGAAAACAUUAACGAACACAGUUAUCAUAUGUUGAAGGGACACUAAAGAAGGCAACGAUUUUUUGCGUGUUCGUAAAGUACAAUUCCACAAUCCUGAAAACAGAAAAUUUCAUCAAGCCAAUGUCAUGAAAAUAUGGAAAGUGCAUUUUGAAAUUUUUGACAUUAUACAUGAAGAUUCUGGUGCAAUAUUUUAAAAUGAAACUUCAAUCUUAAGUUUUUUUGCUAAUAAUGAACUUACCGUAUGAGAGUGGAACUUUAGACAUUAGGGUUCUCAGAGUGCAGUUUGUUAAUCUAAACAAAGUCAUUCUUUCUCUUCUGUGUCCCUUUCACACGAGUUGGAAAAAAUAUACAUUAGGAGCUGAUUUUUAAAUGUAUUGUAGCUCUUAUUGCACAAAACUACAAUGUUCUAUUCCACUGAAUCUACAAAACAGGCCAAAAACGUAUGACUGGUUGGUCAACUUUUUUUUUUACAAAUGUAGGUCAUGCUUCAUUUUUCUUAAAAGCUCAUGUGAGCUUAGCAAUGCUGUUGAUGUAAUGUAGAAUGAAAAUGAAGCUAACAGAGUGGAAAUUGUUCUGAUUAUUGUUGUGUGUCGUAGGCAUGAAUCAGGCUUGAACAAGGACUUCUCAGGUUACAACAUACUUAUCGACCAGCUGUUUCGCAUUCGUGGAGUGUGUGUUCAAGGUGUUUUAUUGGGCUCUUUUUGUUUGGCUAUAGCAUUUGUUUUCAUAUAUCGAUUUCUGCUGAUGGUGUAAGCUAAGUUAAAAAUUUGUGUUAGCUUUCGUGUCGGCAUAUGGGGAGAAUCGUUAUCGGGAUAUUUUUAUUCAUAUAUACAUAUGCGUUUUUAAAUAUAUUACCCUAAAGUAGAUAUGUCUUUUCUUAAGUUAUACAAGAUGUUACACUUGAAGUAAAACCGGUUGAAGCGGUGAGAAUAAGACGAUCGUAAAUAGUCAUGCCAUAAUAUACGUACUGGAUUGUGUGUGUCCUAUGGAUAGGUCUGAAAUGUGUAUUUUUGGUCAUGCUUUUUGUUUCCUAUUGAGUGCACAUGUUAGGAGACUUGUGGCUUGCUUAUUUUCCGAUUCCCAUGAAGUUUUAUUGUCUUACAUGGACGUGGACAUCUGCUGAUGUUUUCAGCUGAAGUAUGUCACCAUCGCUCAUCAAGUGCCAUUUUCUGUGUGAUGAACAUUUACUCACUGUAAGUUACUGUUACUCAAAAAUGUUAUCAUGUCAUCACAGGAAAGCUUUGUUAUUGUGUAACCUGUAGCUCGAGGACGCUUUCCAUUGAAGUGCUAUGAAAUCUCAGCGAAGAGAAGCCACUGAUGCUUUUAGGAGCCUAAAUGUAAUGGCAGUUGUAGCAUUCAAUGCUCAGGUGAAACCAGUUUUGUUCGGUAAUGUGUAAUUAUUUUUUCUGACCAUACAUUCUCUAUUGAAUGCUAGCCAUUUCAUUCCCUAGCUGUGCAGAUGUUUACAAGUCAUAAUAAAUAGUGUGUUCUGUAACACGAAACUAGAGUAGACUUUCUGUUAACAGAAAUCUGUUAAACGGAAUGACUGCUUAAACAGAACUAUUGCCUCUGCAACACUUGGUUUCGGGCUUGUAUUCUGUACCUAUGUUCACAUCUCGGUAAAUGGAACUCCUGUUAAAUUGAACAUAUUUUCCCGGUCUCUUUAGGUUCCGUUUGCUGAGAGUCUACUGUACAUGAAGUAUAUUUUAAAUGAUUUUGUGACAUGACAUUGUAUGGCGUCAGUGUUUUAAACUUGUGCUUCAUGAUAGCUAUCAUCAAUCUAUGCACAGAACACUUCUUAUGGACAUUAUUGGUUGAAGUAGCUGCCCCACAGUCUGCAUUGGGCAUGUGAUAAACAAGCCUCCUGUAGCUGAACGAAAUUGUUAGAUUUUGUGUAACGUCCAUCAAAAUAUGUUACAAUUGUGUUAUAGAAUGCCAUGAAAGAAACAGACAAUAACAUGUGGCCUCCAAAUAGCAAUAAGACAGUUGCAGAUGCACUGUUAUCGAAGUUUGUUAACACUAGACCAUUUUCUAGUGGCCUUGCUUCACAUUUUCAUUCGGAUUUUCUUUGUUAAUUGAUCAGCAUAAAUAUACAAACUUACUUGCUCAGUAGUUAACUAAUAUUGCAGUAAAUGAGGCUGUUACUUUUCCUUUUUAUGACAUACUGUACCAUAGGCCAUGUGCAGAGCUCUCAAUCGCGAGGGAGGAAAGGGGGAGGACAAGUCUCGGUUUUUAGUCCAAAAAAAAAAAAUCUUCGCCAUGGAUGCAAAAUUGAAAAUGGAGGGACGCUGUGUUACUCACAAUAACCUGCUGUAUGCCUCACUUUUCCUCCGGGGCCAAAGGUAGGAAGUCAACCUAAUAUGUAACCCGUGCUUUUAAUGCACCAUCAAGAAUCAAUCAUUAUUAUUGUCAAAAGGAUAUGUAAUCAUGACCGUGGGCAUUAAAAAAAAUGGCAUGAAAGACCCAACUGAUUAAAUAUGUGGGGCAGCAUUGGUGCACCUCCCCUUCAGAUUACUAGAGGGAGAGGAUGCCCCCUCCUUCCUUCUGCCCCCACCAUGUGCAUGUCUAUGUAUGGUACCAUUUAUUUAGACAAUCAUGUGAGGAAACAGUUGAGAGAAGCAAAAAAGAUUGAAAAGAUCCAAGGCAGCGUGCUGUCAAGAGCAAAAGAUGAAGAUGGCUGCUGUGAGACUUCAUCAUUGCUUUCAAAAGAACUGUACUGUCUUACAGCACAUAUUACAUGUUCACGCAGUCUUGGGCAGUAACUAGUUACUAGUAACAUGUUAUCGGUAACUAGGUACUUUUUUGAGUAACUUCUAACUGUAACUAGUUACUUUUAAAAUAGAAGAACUUGUAACUGUAACACUGUUACUUUUUUACACGGCAAUUGUAGCGUAAUAUACCGUUAGUUAUUUUUGCUUUCAUAAAAAGGCAUCAAAUAUUCAUAAUCAAUUAUAAUCAAAUAGUCAUAAUUUUAAAUGCUUCUCACUUAUUCGAACUUUCUCCUUUACUAUAUGCUCUCUACCUUUCACCUUUCCACGAUAGUCUUCCCCUCACAGUUUUGAAGAUAACGUCGCUAAAGAAGAAUAUGUUCCGUGCAGAAGACCCUAUUUGGAGUUCACUUCGAAACUACAUGCCGGAAAUAAUCAUGUUGCCGCUGAAUGACUUUGCAAAUUCACAUGUCGUUUUGGGGGGGUGGGAACGCAGCGAGGUGGUGAGCUACAAAUUUUUUUUUAAUGCGGAGCAUUUUAUAGUCACUUACUCGCGAAUCCUGUAUCGGCGGUGGGUUAGACACUCCCACUGCACAUGUUCACGUCUUGUGUCUCGUGCCAACUGUCGCUCCCCCCCACCCAACUCUUUCGCCUCGGCAAGGCCGACGCAGGCAGCGUCUGCUAGUAAAAACCCACUGCUCACGCUGCACAACCAUUCACUGGUUACCUCAUAUAUGUAGGCACUGGAUCGGGCGUUUGGAAUUCAUUCAAGGGUGUCCUUGCUUUCUAUUGACUUGGCGCUUUGCUUGACUCGAGUAAUGAGAAAAUAAAACCUUGAGGAGAUUUUAUUUUUUCAUUACUACAUUAUCUUGAUAGAACGUUUCAAUGGUGUAGGCAUAAACUUAUGUUUUCUGUGCUAAGAAAUAGACUGGCAGUUUUUGUUUAACUAACACUGUUCUGAAGGGUGAGGUUUGUUAUCUGCUAAUAGCAAUGGAUUAACUCUGCUACAUCCCACACUUGAAAUUGUGCACAAGUGUUCGGGACUGCAUUCCCACUGGCCACUAACAAGCCAAUUUGAUGUUUGUGCAUUUGCCUCCUAAUAGGGGCAUAACUAAUAUAACUGUGUGUACCUGUAGCACGUAUUCCAAAAUAGGUUAGUGUAGUGAUUGAAUUAUGAAUUCUUGCUAUGCACUCACUCUAUAAUGUGAAAUCUGAUAGUAUCCAUACAUGUUCUUCCCUUGAGCCCUGCUGCUUGUUAUGUUAUGGGGCCCUUUCUUGAUUAUAGAGACAGGGCAGUAUUAUCUAUCUAUGGUAGCUUGAUGCUUAGAUUUUUUUUUUUUUGCUGCUGAUCGUGAAAGACUUUUGGGCACAAAGUUGAGGCAAUAUUGUUGUACUACGUUCCCACCAUUUACAGAUUUCUUGUGAUUGUCGCAUGAGGAAGUAUGUGUCGAAACUUUUGAUGCUGUGAUGUAAAGCUAUAAGUGCUGAAAUUCGGUUCCUGUGCUCAGAAAGCUUUUGCAGUCAGACAUAUAUCAAUGAAAUAUUGGAACAUGUAUUUCAAGAAGGAAAUUGUUCUGCACUUUCAAGUGGCAAGAAUGUCUUAGGAAGUGCUACACAGUCAUAAAUACAGCAUGCACAUUUGUGUCUUGCUGUAUAUGCUUUUACCAAAACUUGUGCAUUUUGAUGGCUUGUUAGGUAUUGUAGAGUAUUUCUGUGAGCUGUUAAAAUGCAUUGUUUCUCAACAGUGACUGUCAUAAUAUUAUUUCUCGCAAUCCUUUUACAUGUACUUGGAAUAUUUAUCCGAUUCUUGGUCUCUGAUUUACCUUACGAGUUUUCUCACACUUAAUCUUUUCUAAACGUGCCUGAAAUUUUGUGAAAGUGUCAGCCAACCUUUGUCUUAUACAGACAUGAAUUUGUGACUCUACCAAAGCACGUAAGUUGGUGUGAAUUCUUAUUGGUGCACUUUAAGGUGUUUGGCCAUCUGGGUUAUGCUUUUGCCUGCUGUAAAGCAUUUGAAAAUAAAGUGCAUGAAAGGUCAA